AUGGGCUGCAUCGCCUCCCGUCCGAGCGCUACGGCGCGCGAGCUCGAUGAGAAGCGUGCGCUGCUUGGCACAUGGGCCAGUGCCUCGGCCCGUGCAGUUACUGAUACAAGCGAGCGCCUCGCGGCGCUGCGCAAGCUGAUGAAAGAGGAGGACCUCGACGCGUACAUCGUCCCGACCGAGGACGCGCACGGGUCAGAGUACACCGCCGCGUGCGACCGCCGCCGCGAGUACAUUACCGGAUUCACCGGAAGCGCAGGAACGGCUGUUGUGCUGCACGGCUCGGCGCAUCUCUUCACCGAUGGCCGCUAUCACAUCCAGGCAGGCCAACAGCUUGAUACGAACUGGACCCUGCACAAGGUCGGCCAGGCGCACGUCGCCGACUGGCCUGAGUGGCUCACGGACGCGCUUGGGGAUCGGACGCGGGUCGGGAUCGAUGCGACGCUCCUCGCGUACUCGGCCGCCCAGCCGCUCGCCGCGUCGCUCGCCAAGCGCGGCAUCCAGCUGCGCUACCCCAAGGCGAAUUUGGUCGAUGCAGUGUGGACUGACCGCCCCGCGCCGCUCCUCACGCAGGUGUACGAGCACAAGCUAGAGUAUGCGGGCGUUCCGGCUGCUGAAAAGAUCCAGCAGCUCCGGGAAUGGCUCGCAGCCCAAGGCAAGAACCGUGCGUAUGUCCUCUCGUCGCUCGACGAGAUCGCGUGGCUGCUCAACGUGCGCGGCGCGUCGAUUCCGUGCAACCCCGUAUUUCCCGCGUAUGUGAUUGUCACCGAGAAGCACACGACGCUGUACGCGGACCCCCGCCUCUUGCACAAGGCCAAGGCGUACCUCGAGGCGAUUCCGGUGGCCCUUGCGCCGUACGAUGGAGUGUGGGACGCGCUCGCGGCGCUGCGUGCGCACGAUAUGGACCUGUACUUUCACGAGCGCGCGUCGGCUGCGCUGAUCGAUGCGGUGGGUCCGGCGCACGCGACGAUUCUCCCCCCCGACAGCGUCGUGGCGAUGGCCAAGGCGUGCAAGAACGAGACCGAGCAGCAAGGCCUGCGCGACGCGUACAUGCGCGACGGCGCGGCGUGGGUGCGCUGGGCUGCGUGGCUCGACGAGAAGAUGCGCCGCAAUGAGCCGGUGGACGAGCGCCAGGCCGCUGAUGCCUUUACCGCGAUCCGCGCCGAGGACCCGCUGUAUGCCGGCAUGCAGGCCUACGACCCGAUCAGCGCGGCGGGCCCUAAUGCGGCGCUGCCUCACUACGAGACGCCGGAAGAGAAUGCGCCGAUGCUUGACAAGGAUGCGCCGUACCUGAACGACUCGGGCGCACAGUACCACGACGGGACGAUCGACACGACGCGCACUGUGCACUUUGGCACGCCGACCGCCGAGCAGCGCCGCGCGUACACGCGUGUGUUGCAGGGCCACCUCGCGCUUGCCAGCGCGCGCUUCCCGGCUGGGACGACUGGCGCACAGCUCGACAUGCUAGCGCGGCAGCCGCUCUUCCAGGACGGGUACAACUUUUUGCACGGCACCGGCCACGGCAUCGGCUCGUUUUUGAACGUGCACGAAGGCCCCUACGGCUUCUCGUCGUCCUCUGGCGGAUCCAAGACGCCGGUCGCACUUGCAGAAGGCAUGGCGAUCAGCGACGAGCCCGGGUACUAUGAAGAGGGGUCGUUUGGCAUCCGCAUCGAGUCCAUCCUUCUUGUGCGCCAGAUGGGCACGCACCGCGGCUUUGGCGGCGAGUGGCUCGGCUUUGAGCUGAUUACGCGCGUUCCCAUCUCGACCAAGCUGGUAGACUUUGCGAUGCUGUCGCCCUAUGAGAAGCGCUGGCUCCAGACGCACAACGACCUGGUGAAGCGCGACCUGCUCCCGUUGGUGCAGGACGACAAGCGCGCGGUGCGCUGGCUCAAAGCGCAGUAG